AAUUCCACAGGUCGCAGCGAGGGCGGAGAACGGGCGGACCUGAAGCGCCGAGUGUCUCCUCAGGCGGUGUGAUUUUUCCUCCCCUCCCCGGGCCGUGUUCGAUUUGUGUGGAAUGUUGUGGCCCCGCCCCCCCCGGACAAUAGGAGCCGCUCCCGCCGCCGCCGCCGCCGCCGCUUCUCCGGCCCCGAGUGUCCCGCACAAUCCGGCCGCCCGGGGGAUCGGUUCACCCGCAGGCCUCCCGCCCGCCCGCUCUCUAUUGUAAGAGGCUGUUGGCAUCAUCAUGUCAAAAAGACCGUCUUAUGCACCGCCCCCUGCCCCUGCUCCCACCACUCAAAUGCCCAGCACCCCAGGGUUUGUGGGAUACAAUCCAUACAGUCAUCUGGCCUACAACAACUACAGGCUGGGAGGGAACCCAGGCACCAACAGCCGGGUCACGGAUUCUUGUGGCCCUACGGCCCAAUUCCACAACGGAACUCCACGUGCUUCCAGUAUAAUCGGCAGGGAGAAGGCAUCCUCAGGCAUCACUAUUCCAAAGCCCCCAAAGCCCCCAGACAAGCCCCUGAUGCCCUAUAUGCGUUACAGCAGAAAGGUAUGGGACCAGGUUAAGGCCUCCAAUCCUGAUCUGAAGCUGUGGGAAAUAGGGAAAAUCAUCGGUGGAAUGUGGCGGGAUCUCACAGAUGAGGAAAAGCAGGAGUAUCUGAAUGACUAUGAAGCAGAAAAGGUCGAGUACAAUGAAGCCAUGAAAGCGUACCAUAACUCUCCCGCCUACCUCGCCUACAUUAAUGCAAAAAGCCGGGCUGAGGCAGCACUUGAGGAAGAGAGUCGCCAACGGCAGUCACGGAUGGAGAAAGGAGAGCCUUACAUGAGCAUCCAACCAGCUGAGGAUCCUGAUGAUUAUGACGAUGGCUUUUCAAUGAAGCACAUCUCUGCGGCACGUUUCCAGAGAAACCACCGUUUGAUUAGUGAGAUUCUGAGCGAGAGCGUAGUCCCAGAUGUCCGAUCUGUGGUGACAACGGCACGAAUGCAGGUUUUAAAACGGCAGGUGCAGUCACUGAUGGUUCAUCAGCGGAAAUUGGAAGCCGAGCUCCUUCAAAUCGAGGAACGCCAUCAAGACAAGAAAAGGAAAUUUCUCGAAACUACAGAAUUGUUUAAUAAUGAGCUAAAGCGGUUGUGCAAUUUAAAGGUGGAGGUUGACAUGGAGAAAAUUGCAGCUGAAAUUGCUCAGGCUGAAGAGCAGGCCCGCAAGCGUCAGGAAGAACGAGAAAAGGAGGCUGACCAUGUAGAACAGCCCCAGAGUAAUAUACCCGAGGAACCCCCAAGCAGCAGUGAGGCUGAUGAGUCCAAAGUGGAGGAGACCCCAAUGGACACAGAUGAGCCACGCAAUGAUGAAACUCCAGAAACCCAACAGAGCAGUGAAGAGAGCACAGCAACUCCAGAAGACAAAGAAGGAUGUCAGGACACGACAGACAGCAGCGUGGAGCAAGGAGCAAGCGAGAGCACCUCUGGUACAGAAAGUAACAGUGCAUUGGCUGAGGAACCCAUGCCAGAACCUACGCCAGAAAACGAAGACAAGAAAGAAUGAUUUCAACAAAUACAAACUUUUCAUUCCAGUUAGUUGUACUACUCGAUUAAUAUCGUACUCGUUUUUUAUUCUACCUGUUUAUAAGUUAGAAGGAUUUUCUUUUUACACAUUUGUAGAAAUGCCAGCAUAAUGGACUCCUUCAACACAACCUACAGCCCCAUGGCCAGUUUGAGAUUCAGUGCUACAAAGUGGAGGUGAAUGAAUUUUAAAGGGGUGGAAGAAAAGAUUCGGAAAUUUAAAGGUACUGUAUGCUGUACUUAAACCAGCCUGUUUGUCUCUGGUCCCUGUUAAGGGAUAUUUAUUUUCCUCAUUAAAUAAACAUGGCUUAAUGCCUGAAUCACAAGGUCAAAGUGCAAAGGUUGCAGUUGUCAGUUUUGAGAUUUAUUUCCCUCUCUGAUUUCCUGUGUACUCAAUUUCCAUGGAUUUUAACCGAUGUGUUGAAGAACGAGCAUUGCUUCCCAAAACUGAAAAUGUUUUUGGUGAGGCAGCUGCCCUACCCACUGUUUACAAGUGCUUCCUGGACCUUAAGAAAAAGUUACUACUUCGUCACAUGAUCUUUUUCUCACUUGUAUACAGUUGGUGUAUAUCUUCCUAGAAUUGAUACUGUGGCAAUUGGGACCCUGAUAAAACUGCAAUUGUUGCAUGUAUUUGAUUAAUGCCCAUUUUUUUCAUUGCAGUUUACAGUGUAAAAGUGUGGUCAUACAAUGCCCUGUAAUGAAUUAAUGUGGCCACAGAGUUGAUAUUUUACUGGAAUAGAGCCGCAGGCUCCUGCCUCCCCAGCAGCUGAUAGGCAAAACAGUUUAUAUCCACAGGGCUGUCAAAUGCUGUAGUUCUGUGUUGGGUAAAAUUGUUUUGUGAAGGGAGCAUUUCGUUUUAAAGACCAGUUGGGCCUCUGUAGUUGAAGUUGUGUUGUGCCUCGGAAAGAUGGGAUGUGUAAGCAGGGAUGACGGUGCAGGUCACUUCCCAGUGCGAUUGGCAUCACUAUCGUGUCUUCUGCUGUAGUAUGCUGAGUUACCUAUUUUUUAAAAAUUUCCCUGCCACAAUAAAAGAGAAGCUUAAUGUAAA